AGAAGAUCUGACAUUAUAGUUGAGUGCAGUCUAUGUUCUGUGUCUUGUACUGAAAAUCUUCGUAUUAAUUUAAUUAUUUGAAUAGUAAAAACUACUAAACUUUCAAUCAGUCUCUGCUUUCAACGUUCUUUGCACUUUAGUCGAACUCUCCAAAAUUACGGAGAAAUAGGAAAAAACGUGAGUGUUUCAUACGGAUCACCUUUGCCAUGGAACAAAAACCGAAAGAAGUUGUUGAUCAAGAUCUACAAGAAGAAGGGCAGUUUGUUGUUGAUGAUGUCAGUAAAAUAAUAAAAGAUGCUAUAGAAAAUGUUAUAGGAGGAAACGGUUACCAACAAACCAAAGUAAAUAAUUGGACAACAGCUGUAGUAGAAGCUUGUACUUCUGAGUUGACAAAGCUUAUGAAGCCUUACAAAUAUAUUGUUACAUGUACGAUCAUGCAGAAAAAUGGAGCAGGCUUACAUACCGCAAGUUCAUGUUAUUGGGACAACAAUACUGAUGGUAGUUGUACCGUUCGUUGGGAAAAUAAAACAAUGUUCUGUAUUGUAUCUGUGUAUGGUUUAGCUAUAUAAUUGUCUAGAUGAAAUAAAUAAGCAGCACUGUUUCAUAUUUAUGGUAAAGUCAUUAUUUUAUUCUGUUGAGCUUAUGAUUCAAGUAUUCAAUUAUUUUAUUUAUUCUAGAAUAUAUUUUUCAAUUAUGUAUUCAGUAAAUUACCAGGUCUAAUGAAUAGAUUUCUAACAAGUUUCAAUGUGAUAACCUUAUGUUUAAUGAAUCAAAUAAAAAGACAUUAGUUGUCA